AUGACAAAGGGCUCAAGACGUGCAGUCGGCUACCAUGAGGACCUCUGCGAGCUAGUCUUCGUCUCAGGUACCAUGGCUUCUCCCACUGCCCUCCGCCUGUUGGCUCUCUCUGCACUGCUCCUGCUGUGCGCCCCAACCACAUCCGCGUCCGCGACGCCCCGUCAGCUGGUUGACUCCAUCAAGAGGGCGACUCAGCAAGGCCAAGCUCUCCAGGCCCCCGCCCAAUCCAUCACCAUUAUCAAUGGGCCGCUGAUCGUCAUUGGCCAGGGCCCCUUCCCCAAGAUCAUUGUAGGCUUCACCGAGAUGAUCACCGAGUUGACCACCAGCAUUGCGGAGGCCCAAGGAGCCGAGCGAUUGAGCGGCGCCGACACAACCGCCGUUGCGGACGCAGUCCGCGACAUGGUGCGCGUGCACCAGGCGCUGCUUAACAUCCUGAUCGGCAAGGCGGGCCUCUUCAACACCGUCCCCUUCAUCGGACAGCCCGUCGCAGAAGUGCUCAGACAAUAUGAGGGUGUCAUCGACGCGUACCUGUUCCAGCUGACUGACCUCGCCUCCAGCGAGGCAGCAUCCAAGACCAUCAGUGGGCAGCAGAUGUCGCUGGAUGGCACCACCACAAUUGCAAUCAACGCGUACUCCGGCCUUGGGCUUAAGCUCUGGCAGCAGUGAAAGGCGCCGGUUCUUCUGGUGCCAAGUUGACGGCUAAUAUUCUCAGGACCAGGCACGAUGAUUUCGAAGCCAGCAGGCCGGAAUAUGUUGAGUAUAGUAGAUACAAGUGCAUGAAGCUAGAGGGGUCGGUGUGGGUUGAGUUGUCCGUAGCAACAACGUACGACUUGCGCAGCUUGUAACCGUCAGCCGUGGUCAACCGAACACGUUUUUGGUCUUCAUUGCCUAUCCAUCAAAGACAUAUCUUACCGUCUACUACCAACGAGCUUGAAACAAGAGUGUAAAACUGCAGAUAUCAGAGAAACAAGCAGUGACAAUUCUUGUGUGUUUGUUUUCCUGAGAUCGAAACGCUGCCUUGACAAAUUGCAAUAGAACGCGACUUCAAAAACCGCAUGCAUACUUUGUGUACGGACUGACGAUCUGGCUUCUUAAUAAUCGUGCUCGUAGCUUUUCUAACAU